AUGCACAUACGCCGUCUCAGACUCGACGACGAAGACGACGAUGAAGACGCCGCCGACACAGUCGAACCUCAGCCACAACCCCGCACAUCCCCACAUCAAACUCAAACUUCUCCCAAUUUUCCCUCGGAGCCCGUCGUAAUCUCCGACGACGACUUCAUCGACGUCCCUGAUGUCACCGUUCCGCCCAAUCCUCCUCCACAUGUUCCCGAACCUCAGGCUUCCGACUGUCCCGUCAACGAUUUUCUCCGCCGGCUCGGGUUUUGCUUGAAGAGAGACUCGCUCGCUGAUUGUCUCCGCGAACUAGGGGUUUCGGUGAACGGCUUUCAAGGGUUCGAUGUUGCUAGAAAAGCCAAACUCUGUUUCGAGCAGUUUCUGCUUUCUGAUCUCAAUUUCUGUGGGAGCGGCGCGCUUCCUCCUAAUGUGGAAUCCAUGCAUCUCGAUGUUCUUCCAGGUCCCUACGUAUUGCAGGUUGAUGAGAUUCUCAAUAUCACUUGUCCUCUACGAAGCAGAUAUCAACAAGCUCCUCCAGGCCUUAAAAGGUGCCUGAAGUUGUCAAUGACUGAUGGUAUUCAGAGAGUUUUUGGAAUGGAGUACCGGCCUAUUAAAGAUCUUGAAGUUUGUGCAUCUUCUGGUUUAAAGGUCGCAAUCUCUAACGUACAAGUGCGCCAUGGGCUUUUGAUGCUGGUUCCUGAGACCAUUCAAGUAUUGGGGGGAUUAGUUGAGGAGCUGGAUGCAGCUCGAAAGCGGCUGGUUGAUGAACUAAAUAAGCCAGCUAGGGGAAAAAGAACCAGAGAUGGGGUGCUUCCCCCUUUAUCAGUCCGAGCGACUCUUGCCGCAUGGCCUCCAAGUAGAGUGGAUGAUCCCAGUCACAGUGGCUCAACAUUACACAGUACUGAUACUGUCCAGGCAAACAACCAAGGUACUGGCCAUAGCAUUCGUGGCACUCGUAACAACUUAAGAACCGAAGACUCUUCGCGCAUGAAUGCACAAAAUUCUACUUCCAAUUCAAUACCCCACACGGUUUCAAACGGGGAGCGAACAAAUGUUGACAUGCGGCACCAGCAGGGUGCCAGCAUUACAACUGGAUAUACUACACCCAUGGUUGCACGAAAUGCUAGUUCCAAUUCAAUACCCCACAUGGUUUCAAAUGUGGAGCGAAUGAACAUUGAUACGCCGGGCCAGCGGGGUGCCAGAAUAGCAACUGCACAUGCUUCUCCUGUAGAUUCACAAAAUGCUACUUCUAAUUCAAUACCUCAUAUGGUUUCAAAUGUGCAGCCAAACGUGGAACGAAUGAAUAUUGAUACGCCGGGCCAGUGGGGUGCCAGAAUAGCAACUGAACAUGCUUCACCAAUGGAUGCACACAAUGCUACUUCUAAUUCAAUACCUCACAAUGCUUCAAAUGUGCAGCCAAUGAAUAUUGAUAUGCAGUGGGGUACCAAUCCUGUGUCCCAUCAUAAUUCAAUGGCUAACCGGACUUCUUCAAUAGCUGAGGAGAUGCAUAUAGAUACUGCUCAUAUUUUCAGGGAAAACUCUGCGGCAAACCAAUCUUCUCACAUGAACUCAAAUGUUGCAGCGGUACAUGAAGACACUGUUCACGUAGCAAGUUCUGUGACUACCGAGCGCUCUCCUGUUUCUGAAAUUGUGGAUACAGACAGAGACAGGGUUCCUGUAGUCACAGGUAAUACUCCUCUGAAUGGAUCUUCGUCCACUGGUUUUAACUAUGACGAUAUCUUGAUGGAUGAUGUCAGUGGCAAUCCACUCACACUCUCUGGAGACCCUGAAGUUCCCUUCACAUACUUAGCUAGUUUGUCAGCCAAGUGGGCUGCAAUGAAGGAGACAGAUUCUCUGGUUCAGGGUAAAAUUAAGUGCUUUCUGACCGGUGUUAAAGGAUUCCAGUAUAAGAAAAGGACAACCUACGAGCUUCAGGCAUACGUAGAUGACGGUAGUCUUAUUUCCGAAAUCCUCAUAGAUCAUGAUGUUGUACAGAAAGGAAUUGGUUAUUCUCCUGUGGAGGUCACUGCAGCUCUUUCUUCUUCUGACACGAAUAUAGUCCAGAACAUGAAGGAGACUAUGCGCAAAUUUCAAGCUUUCUUAGCAAACUUUGAGGGAGUAAUGCUUGUGGAAUUAAAUAGAAAACAUUCUCUUCCACUGGCUCUAGAAAUGAGUCAAGGCUGUCCUAAAUCUGAUGUGUGGUCCCUUCUAAGAAGGCUCAAGAUGGAACAGAGUUGGGCUUAA